AUGUCUUUUUCGGUGAACCUGAUUGGUCCUUCCCCUUGGGGUUUCAGAAUAUCUGGUGGGAGGGACUUCAAGAAAGCUAUAACGGUCUCCAAGGUGAACAGUGGCAGUAAAGCGGAGGGGGCCUGUCUCCAGCCCGGUGAUGUCAUUGUGGAGAUAAAUGGCGAGAACACUUCAGACAUGCUGAACGUGGAGGCUCAGAACAAAAUAAAGAACUCUAAGACUCAACUACAGCUGCUAGUCAACAGGCCUGACCCGCCCACCCCCGGAGAAACCAAUGGGAUCAGCUCUAAGGAACAGCUUGUUGGUCGCUUUCAGGAGGCGGUGCAGGUGAGUCAUGACGAGAACCAGAACUACAGGGAGUACACCAUCUCCAGUCCAGCGUCGCUGUCUCCGGGUCCAUACUCCCCUGAGCCGCCCGCCAGCCCCGACAGGAAGGGCGCCUACAUAACAUCCUACAGUAACAAGAGCCUCCAGUCGCGCCCCUGGUCCCCUGAAGACAAGAACAUCAGUCACAGACUGUCCAGGCCUCUUUCUCAGGAGUUCUCCUCACCCGAUUACCGCAGUAACUCUGUGUCCAGUCGGACCCCCACCCCACCUGGACGCUACUCACCCCACAGCCCCACUGAGAGAGAGCUGUCCGUCUCCCCCCGUCGCAGUUCGGACUUUGCCAUGCAGCGGUUUGACCGGGACUCUGAGGUCUAUAAGAUGAUUCAGGAGAAUAAGGAGUCGCGUUCAGCUCCUCGUCAGUCUAACACCUUUAAAAUGCUGCAGGAGGUUCUGGAGGCCGACGAGAAAGAGGCAGCUGUACGUUUCCCUGGGAAACUGUCGCCAAGCCAACCCAAGCCUGGGUCGUCUGUCGCCGGGGUCAACAAAUACCACACCUGCGAAAAAUGUGGCACAAGCAUCGUUACACAGGCUGUGCGGAUCAUGGAUGACCGGUUCCGUCACCCGGAGUGUUACACCUGCACGGAGUGCGGCCUGAACCUAAAGAUGCGCGGUCACUUCUGGGUGGACGACGAGAUGUUCUGCGAGAAGCACGCCCGCGAGCGGUACCACGGCCCCGGUGCCAACGCUCGACGCACCAUUUCCCCCCGUCACUGAGCCCCAGCCGCCCGUCACACCCCCACCCCCACCCCCACCCCUCCUCACCCCCACCCCCUCCCCCCUCUUAACCGCUGAGGGCAGGCACCCGUCAGACAAAAAACACACCGCUUCGGACCGGAGGACCGGGAGAUGAACACUGGGGGAGGGAAGAGGGAUUUGGGGUGAUAGACUCAGUCGGUAGAGUUAUAAUUCCUAUUGUCAUUAGCGUUUAAAUGCUCUCAGAUUAAAUCCUUCUUUUUCAGCAUUUCCAUGACACCCCCCCCCCCC